AUGGAAGUUAUUUGCUUUUCAGAGUGUAAAAAAAUGGAUUUGGCCAACCAUGGACUUAUUCUGCUGCAGCAACUAAAUGCUCAGAGAGAGUUCGGUUUCCUGUGUGACUGCACAGUUGCCAUUGGUGAUGUCUACUUCAAGGCACACAAAUCGGUCCUUGCUUCUUUCUCCAACUACUUCAAGAUGUUGUUUGUUCAUCAAACCAGUGAAUGUGUCCGUUUGAAAGCGACUGACAUACAGCCAGAUAUCUUCAGUUAUCUCUUGCAUUUGAUGUACACUGGGAAGAUGGCACCGCAACUCAUUGACCCAGUUCGACUAGAACAGGGAAUAAAGUUUCUGCAUGCAUAUCCACUAAUUCAAGAGGCCAGCCUUGCAAGUCAGGGAACUUUUUCUCACCCGGAUCAAGUUUUUCCAUUAGCAUCUUCAUUAUAUGGCAUUCAGAUUGCAGAUCACCAGAUAAGACAUCCCACUAAGGUUACAUCAGCGACUGACAAACUCGGGCGAGAACCAAGGCCACAGACAUCACGGAUGAACCAAGAGCAGGUUUCUGAAGGCUCACAGCUCUCGCAGUUAGCUACAACUCUGCCACAAGUGACCCGGACAAAUAUGUCCACUUCUGACCCAUUGCCAUCUUCUUUAUCUCCAGAAUUGGUAUCUGCUGCUGGUAAUAAUUCACCUGCAGGAGAAGAGGCCAACAUGGAAGCAUCUUCUUCAGAUGAACAGCCUGCCUCACUCACAAUAGCACAUGUCAAGCCAAGCAUUAUGAAAAGGAACGGAAGCUUCCCAAAAUACUAUGCCUGCCACCUCUGCGGUCGCCGGUUCAAUUUGCGAAGUAGUUUGCGUGAACACCUGCAGAUCCACACGGGAGUUCCCUUCACAUCGAGCCAGCAGGGAGAAAGUAAUAUUUCUUUGUCUCUCUGUAACAACACAGCUGAUAAAGAUGCCGUGGAAGUGCCUGAAGCAGGGAUGAUUAGUGACAGCGAGCUGCAGCAGAUCUCAGACUCCCCAAUAAUUGAUGGGCAGCAGCAGUCAGAGACACCGCCCCCCUCCGAUAUUGCAGACAUAGACAACUUGGAGCAGGCAGAUCAAGAGAGGGAAGUAAAAAGACGGAAAUACGAAUGUUCCAUCUGUGGCCGCAAAUUUAUUCAGAAAAGCCACUGGAGGGAGCACAUGUACAUACACACCGGCAAACCCUUUAAGUGCAGCACUUGUGACAAAAGCUUUUGUAGGGCUAACCAGGCUGCCAGACACGUGUGCCUAAACCAGAGCAUGGACACGUAUACAAUGGUGGACAAGCAGACUCUGGAACUCUGUACUUUUGAGGAAGGCAGUCAAAUGGACAACAUGCUAGUACAGACCAACAAGCCCUAUAAAUGUAACUUGUGUGACAAAACAUUUUCAACUCCCAAUGAAGUAGUCAAACAUUCGUGCCAAAAUCAAAACUCUGUCUUUACACUAGAAGAAGAUCGCUCCAUUCUGCUAGGUGGUGGGGACACAGAAGCCACGGAGACUGAUAAUGCAGUGUUAGCCUCCAUCAAAAAGGAGCAGGAAGCAGUGUUGUUAGACUGA